CCCACCUCCUUUUACCUCUUCCCUGUCUGCUCUUCUGCUCCACAACACUGUACAGCACACACUAGUCCUUGGUUGUGGCAGUAACAAACACAAGUGUAUUCAGUCUUUCCUCGUAGCUUCAGUUUCUACCCUGCAUAAACCAGCCAUUUAUCAUCAAUCAUGGCCGCCGGAGUACAAAUUUAACUCUCGUCUUUCCUCCCUGUCGUCUUGAGGGGAGGAUUUUUGUUUGAGAAAACAAAACAUCAGUCCCACGCUGAUUUGGAUUUCCUCUUGGAAUUACAAUACAUCUCACGAGGGAAAUACCAUUCAUGUCAAUACUCCAAAAUGCAGCCGCCGCCGAGGAAGGUCAAAGUGACACAGGAGCUGAAAAACACACACACAGAGCAGAUGACAAGACUGCACUUUAAACACCAGACCGAAUGUGACCUGCUGGAAGACAUGAGGAGCUACAGUUUGAAGAAGGGACAGCUGGAGAGGGACUAUGCACAGGCUCUGCAGAAGUUAGCGAGCCAGUACCUAAAGAGAGAUUGGCCCGGCAUCAACCCUGAUGACCAGAGAACAGACUACAGGAAUGUGUAUGCAGUGUGGAGGUCCUACUUAGAAGGUACAGUGCAGGUGAGUCAGUCCAGGCUCAACGUGUGCGACAACUACAAAAGCCAAGUAUCAGAGCCCGCGAAGACUGUUAGACUCUACAAGGAGCAGCAACUCAAAAAGACCAUAGAUCAGUUGAGCGGCAUUCAGGCAGAGCUUCAGGAGUCGGUAAAAGAGUUGGCCAAAGCCAAGAAAAAAUACUAUGACUGCGAGCAGGUUGCCCACGCUGUACGAGAGAAGGCUGACAUAGAGGCCAAGUCUAAACUGGGUAUUUUCCAGUCAAGAAUUAGUUUACAGAAAGCAAGUGUAAAGUUGAAAGCUAAGAGAAGUGACUGUAACUCCAAAGCAACGCAAGCCAGGAAUGAUUACUUGCUAACGCUAGCUGCUGCCAAUGCUCACCAUGACCGGUACUACCAUACAGAUCUUCUACACUGCAUACAGGCCUUGGAUGGCAGGAUCUAUGAGCAUGUGAAAGACUAUCUGGUAGCACUGUGUCGUACUGAGCUAGAGGCCUCCCAGGCCACACACAACACCUUCCAGUUCCUGUUGGACAAAUCCACCAGGAUAAUACAAGAGUUCAACCAGCAGUUGUUCAUGCAGGAGAAUCCAGUGUUUCACAAAGCACACGACUUCCAGUUCCAGCCCAGCGAAUGUGACACGACUCUGAGCUCGGUGCAGCAGUUGGUGGACAUUGAGCCGUCGCCCGUCAGUGCCAUGAGAAUGACCCUGGCACAGAGUCGUCAGCUGGAGUCGGAGACGGGGACGACGGAGGAGCACAGUCUGAACAAGGAGGCCAGGAAAUGGGCGACCAGGGUUGCCAGAGAACAUAAGAACAUCGUACAUUACAAGAGAUGUCUGGAGGAGUGUGAGAGUCAUGGUAUGCCCCCCACAGAGCAAGGCAGACUAGACCUGGAGAUGAAGAUAGAAGACACCAAAGAAAACAUGCGCAAAGCUGAGACAAUAAAGUUGAAAGCUGAGGCUCGGUUGGACCUUCUGCGGCAAGUGGGGGUUGCCGUGGAUACCUGGCUGAAGAGCGCCAUGAAUCAGGUGAUGGAGGAGCUGGAGAAUGAACGCUGGGCCAGCUACACUUCCCACGAUCCCUCACUGUCGGGCACAGUGGACUUAGAGCGUGAGGAGGGGGAAGAGUGCGAAGAGAAUAUGGAGGUUUUUGACGACAGCAGCUCCAGUCCUUCAGGAACCCUCAGAAACUACCCGCUAACCUGCAAAGUCCUGUACUCGUACAAGGCCUCUCAGCCAGAUGAGUUAACUAUUGAUGAGCAAGAGAUGUUGGAGGUCAUUGAGGACGGAGACAUGGAGGACUGGGUCAAGGCUCGCAAUAAGACAGGCCAAGUGGGCUAUGUUCCAGAGAAAUACCUGCAGUUCCCAACCUCCAACAGUCUGCUGAGCAUGCUCCAGUCUUUGGCUACACUUGACGCUCGAUCACACACCUCGUCCAAUUCCACUGAGCCAGAGCUUCACUCAAACUGCAUCAACGGAGACACAAACAUGAUGUAUGUCCGCGCACUUUAUGAUUAUGAGGGCCAGGCGGAUGAGGAGCUCUCCUUUUCUGAGGGUGCAGUGAUCCGCCUGUUGAGCCGCGACACUCAAACAGACGACGGAUUCUGGGAGGGGGAGCUCAACGGACGGGUGGGCGUCUUUCCCUCCGUACUGGUGGAAGAUUUCGCUGAGAAUGGGGAGACCAGUGGGGGAGGGGCAGGUGACAUACAGAUUUCUCCAUCUCUAAAGUUACCAUCUUCUCUGCCACCUCUUCCACUGUAUGACCAACCACCCAUCAGCCCUUUCACCAGCCCUGAGACCUCCACCCCACCCCCUCUCCCACGCUCACCCUCCACCGCACUCAAUGGUGAGCACAAGCCUGCCUCGUCUCACAAGGGACCGCUAUCCACCCACAAUCAAAGCUCUGGUAGGAGUCCAGUCUCUCCAGGAUUUCCUCAGCCACUGAGAUUCACCCCUGAGGGAGGCCCAGGCAAACUACGACCUGUGCGAGCUGCUCCUCCUCCACCUAAACAGCACCCCCGCCGACACCAGGAAAAGAGUGACAAGACGGAGGAAGUGGAGAUCACACUGGUGUAACAGACAAGACAAGCUGGGUGACGAUUAUAGAGACAUAGAAAAUAAAAACAGAUGACAGACAUACGUAUCCUACAGGAUGGGGAACUGAACUGCUUAAAUAAAGUGAUGUGAAGAAAACA